UCUUAUUAUUUACUUGGAGUCUGCUCUGUUCAUGCUUCCUGCUAAAAUUACAAGUAUUUGAAGAUUCCCAGAAAUUCUUUGCAAUUUUUCAAACUGAGAAAGUAUUCCAUAAUAUCUUGAAAGAAAAUUAAAAAAUUUAAAGUUCGAUUUUGUUGUCCUCUUUUAAUUUCACUUAUUCAAUAUCUUUGAAAAUCUUGCUGCAUUAGUAAAGAGCAAGAAACCUCAUGGAGCUUUCCUAGCAACUGUUUGGAUUUGAAUGGUUCCCCAGUUAUGUUAGCAAAAAGCAGUAUAAAUAUCAAACCACUGAUAGUGUUCUGGUAUGCUCAUUUCUUUAAAACAAAUGAAGCAAACCAUGAGAAUCGCUGUUGCCUUUGUUUUCAUCACUAUAGCGAUCAUCAACAUUAGCUUCUGUAAAGGAAGCUCUUCUGCUGGUUGCCUCCAAAGCGAGAGACUAGCACUUCUAAGGUUCAAGCAAGAUCUCAUUGAUCCUACCAAUCGGCUUGCCUCUUGGACUUCUGGUCAUGAAGAUUGCUGUACAUGGCACGGUAUUGACUGUGAUAACUUGACAGGCCAUGUAUUUGAGCUCAACCUUAGGACUUCCCCAGAGAAAGAGUAUUCCACUCAAGCUGAAUAUGAUGCUCGUGAGAGGUCAAAGUUGUCUGGUAAGAUAAAUCCUUCCCUGGUUGAUUUGAAGCAUUUGAGUUCAUUGGACUUAAGCGACAACAAUUUUAAAGGAGUAGAGAUUCCCAGAUUUCUUGGAUCUAUGCAGAAUUUAAGGUACCUCGAUCUAUCUCUGAAUUCAUUCCAGGGUAUGAUUCCUCCCCAACUUGGAAAUCUCUCUAAUUUACAGUAUCUUGGCCUCGGUGGCAUUUUAGAUGUGAAGAGUUUGUCGUGGUUAUCUCGUCUUUCUUUGUUGAAACACCUUGACUUGGUUGGUGUGGAUCUUAGCAAUUCCUCUGACUGGUUGCAAGUGAUACACACUCUCCCUUCCUUAGUAGUGCUAAAAUUAUCAUACUGUAUGCUUCAUCACUUUCCUCCCCAACCUGUUGCAAAUUUUUCAUCUCUUGCCUCCCUUGAUCUAAGUGGAAAUCAUUUUGAAGGUCCAAUCCCUGAUGGACUUCAAAACUUCACUUCCAUUAGACAUCUUGAUUUAUCUGAAAACGACUUCAAUUCUUCGAUGCCCAGUUGGUUGUACAGACUUAGAAAUCUUGAGGAACUUUUCCUCUCGUACAAUAGCUUGCAAGGCUCGAUGGAUGGCCUAGGAAACCUGUCAUCUAUCAAAGUACUUGAUCUCUCAGAAAAUCAUUUUGAAGGAGGAAUGCCAGUAUCAUUUGGAAGACUUUGCAACUUGAGAUCUAUGUCUCUCGGAUGGGUUAGAUUGAAUCAGGAAAUAUCUCAAGUGUUGAAUAUUUUCUCUAAAUGUCUUGCAGAAGUUGUAGAGUCAUUGGACUUCUCGGGUACUCAUCUCUUUGGUCCAUUGAACAAUCAACUUGGACUGUUUAAAAAUUUAAAAUCUCUUUCUCUUAAUUACAACUCAAUUUCAGGUCCUAUUCCAAGGUCUUUAGGACAGCUUUCAUCCUUAGAAAUUCUGCUUCUUGCUUAUAACCAAUUCAAUGGAACUCUUUCUGAAAUCCACUUUAACAAUCUCACAAGAUUGAUAGUUUUUUUUGCAUCUGGAAAUUCACUAAUGUCGAAAGUCGGUCCUCAGUGGAGACCUCCGUUUAAGCUUCAGUCCUUAGGAUUAGGUUUCUGUCAUGUAGGGCCUCAUUUCCCAUCUUGGCUUCGUGCACAAACGAGUUUGGAUUACCUUGAUAUAUCCAACUCAAACAUUUUUGACACUAUUCCACAAUAUUUGUUUAAAUUUCCAUUAACAUUUUUAAAUCUCUCACACAACCAAUUCUAUGGGGAGAUUCCAAAUUUAAUCCCGUCAACUCAACUUAUGGUACUUGUCUUGAAUUCAAAUAAUUUAACAGGUCCUUUACCUCUAAUACCCUUUAAAAUGCAUUUACUUGAUCUUUCCAAUAAUGCUUUGUCAGGAUCAAUUUUUCAUGUUUUGUGUAAGGAGAUGAAUAAGUCCAAAAGUUUGAUACAAAUACUCACCCUUCGUUUUAACUUUCUUUCGGGGGAAUUACCUGAUUGUUGGAUGAAUUGGCAACAAUUAAAAGUUCUAAAUUUAGAGAACAACAGAUUUACUGGAACUCUUCCUCCUUCUAUUGGGACCUUAAUUUAUCUUCAGUUAUUAAACGUUCGCAAAAACAACCUUUUUGGGGAACUACCAGUGUCACUUCAGAAUUGUACAAAAAUUGUUAAGCUUGAUCUUGGUGAAAAUGACUUUGUUGGAAAUGUCCCUGCAUGGAUGGGAGAAAGAUUUUCAAGAAUAAAGAUUUUGAUCAUUCGAUCAAAUAAGUUUCAUAGUCAUUUACCGAGGGAACUUUGCCAUCUUAGUUUUUAACAAAUCUUAGAUUUGGCUGAUAAUAAUUUCUCUGGAAACAUUCCAAGGUGUAUCAGUAACUUCAGUGCCAUGAUUAGAGAAAGUGAAAUGGCUGAAGAUUUAUGGUAUUCUGCUGAUGCAGAUUAUUCAGAUUAUAUGGAGGAUGCAUUGCUUGUGAAUAAAGGUGUGCUGGCUGAAUAUAAUACAAUUCUGAAGUUUGUAAGAAUGAUAGAUCUUUCACAAAAUAACUUCUUUGGAGAGAUCCCUAUAGAAGUGACAGAUCUUUUAGAAUUGCAGUCAUUGAAUCUUUCUCACAAUUCUUUCACCGGGAGAAUUCCAGGAAACAUUGGUGCUAUGAGUUUUUUAGAGUCCAUUGAUUUUUCUAGAAAUCGACUUUCUGGUGAAAUCCCACAAAGCAUUUCAAAGUUGACAUUUUUAAGUGUCUUGAACUUAUCCAACAACAAACUUUCUGGAAAAAUUCCUUCAAGCACUCAACUGCAAAGCUUUAGUGCAUCUUCUUAUACAGGCAAUGAACUUUGCGGUCCUCCUCUUUCUAAUAAUUGCACAGUAAGCGUUCCAACAUCCGGCAAUCAGAACAGAGGAGAAAAGGAAGGUAAUGAAGAUGAAGUAGACUGGUUUUAUGUAAGCAUGGCUCUUGGAUUCGUGGUGGGAUUCUGGAGUUUUAUAGGACCUCUAUUCUUCAACAGGAGAUGGAGGUGCAUAUAUUUCCAAUUCCUUAAUCGGCAGCAGGACAAACUGAGCAUUGUUGUAAGAAAAUGUUACUAGACUGUUUAUGUUUCUCUUUUGACCUUUGAAUGUUUGGAGCUUAUGUACUUUGUUUUUUCUACGAAAGGAUGUUACUGGUGGUUAUGGUAUUUGAGAUCAAUACAUCAUAUUUGUAUUAAUUUCCAUUUGAGCUCCAAAUUUGAAGUAAUAAAUUCAUUUUAUCUA